AUGUCGACUACACGCCAGCAACACUCCCCCUCGCGUCCGCGCAUCAACGCGCUCUCGCCACUCCAGUCCUUCUCUCCGCUUCCCGGCUCGACCCCGCUCGUCGCCUCGCCUAUCAACACGCCGUCUGUGGGCCGCAGCCGCCAUGGAGGCGGCGGAGGGCACAGCCGCUCCAACUCGGGCUCGAGCAUGGCCAGCACGGGCACGCUAUCGCGCUCGCUGUCGACGCACGAACGUGUCUUCACCCCGCACGCACGACGCGAUAACGGCGCCACAGAACAAGCACAAGGUGGCGUCACGACACGUCUCAUCCUCGUCAAGGCCCCGUCGGCAAAAGGGGCUGUUCCACUGCGUCAACGUUCCAAGUCGUCCUCGAACCUCGUCCCAGCGACCCCGACGCUGUUCAGCAAUGACGCGCCGGCGACGUCUGCGCGCGCGCCACGCAGGUCGUUUGCGGCAUCGUUCUCGAGCCUGACGCCCAUGACGUCUGCAAAGGGCGUCGGCGGCGUUGGCGGCGGCAACGAGGAAAACAACCCACCCAAACCGCCCGUGCGCCGACCGUCCAUUGGGGUCAUUGAGACGUCACGCGGUACGCAGGAGGUACGCUCCAAGCUGUCUCCUGACGAGGUGCUCGAGCUCGCACGGGGCCUCAUGUCGCCUGUGGCGGCUCCAGAAGGCGGCGCUGGCUCGUUGCCCCGCCCCGGUGGCGGCCUUCAGCGGCGCAAGAGCACCGGGUCAACGUCCCGCUCCGCUCAUGGCGCGGCCGGUGCGCAAGACAAGGACAAGGAGCCCGAACCCAUCGAGCUCGAGCCCGUCGACUAUGUCGAGAUGGCAGAGGACACGCUCCUGCCCUUCUCCGACCGUCCGCGCCAGGUCGCCGACCUGCUCGGCAACCCCGUCAACGCCGACCUCAUCACGUUACUCAAGCAUGCGUUCCCCAAGACACCCAAGCGGCCCAACUGGAAAGACAUUGACGUCACAAAGUGGUCGUGGGACGAGCUGUAUGCCCACCUCACCACGAUCGACCGCCGCGAGUGCGCCGACUACGAGUGGGUCCUGCUCGCGCGCCACUCGGUGCGCGCACGCGGCGUCGCGCUGUGGGAGCAGCUGGGCGCGUGUCUCGGCUGCGACUCGGAGCUCAUCACCGCGGGUGAAGAGGACGAGACACCCGCAGCGUGGGGCGGCCUCGGACUCGGCGACGAAGGAGAGUACGACCCGACUCUGUCGCGCGUGUACAUUGCCGGCCUCGAGGCCGUGGACCAGGACGACGACGACGACGACGACGACAAGAAGAAGAAGCAGGAGCGCGUCCCGUCGCACAUGUUUGACGAACACGAGGAAUUCGGCGCGGCGGGCGCGUGGUCGGAUGCCAUGGCGACCAUUGGUGAGCGCGACGAGUCGCCCAUGGGCACCACCCGCGGUCUCGCGCAUGACCAUGAGCCCACGGGCCGACCGGGCCGCCUCGAAUCGCCCAUGGGCACGCGCACCCACCGCCUCGACGAGGACCCGUUCGCGUCCCCCGAAUCCGUCCGGAGCGACAUGCGCCGCGCGUCGCGCGACACGGCCACGUCUGAAGACUCGGUAUCGCCACACUCGCCGCGCUCGCCCUCGUCAGACAUGAGGAGCAAGCGGACCAAGUCGUUUGUCGGCCUGCAGAUAUGCACCGUCACCAGCCCCGAUGCGCAAGUGCCCAUGCGCUCGCCCACCAUCGGCCUCGGGUCCCCGCCCAACCGCCUCGGCGUCGGCCUUGGCGGUGGGGGCAGGAUGGUCGCGCCCGAAUUCGAGCGCACGCCCGGAAACCCGCUCUUCGUGUCCAGCUUCCGCUCCUUGUCCCUCGGUCCCAACCUCGGCCGCAAGGCCAGCACUGGCUUUGCGCAGGUUGUCACCAGCCCGGGCUCACUGAGGGUGUCGUCCCCCAAGGACCUGGAGGACUUUCGUGCCGGCGGCCGCGGACUGCAGCGCAAGACCAGCGGGGCCGGGCUGAGCGAGAGCGCUAUCACGUUUGUGAGCGACUCGUCGUAUGAACAGCAUGUCUGA